CCGGCGAAUUUCUGGCAGGGCCAUCUACGCGAUCAUGGCAAAGCUGAUCUCUGGCACAUGCUUGGAAUCGUCGACCUGCCUUUCCAGUUCCAUAUAACGUACUUUUUCCUGCUCAUGUGAGCGUGGCCUAGUUGUCUCAACCGGACCCGAGUUCUGGUUGGUAACUCAUCCAUCGUCACCCAUCUAGUCGUGAACGUGAACCAAUACUUUGACCCUCUAGGGUCAACCAGUGAAGUACAAUGGUGAUCAGGAUGAAUGCCUUCGCCUGGCAUUUAUCUCGCUUGACUGCGAGACCCCUCUUGACAAGCCACUUCAGACAACGUAUGGUAAUCCCUGUCAUCGACCUUAGCUACUCGCUCACAGGAGACUGCGUAGUUUCAGUCUCUGUUCGCAGAUACCAUGUAUCAUCAGUGUUGCAAGAGGAGAGGAAAGAUCCUGCAAUAGUAGACAAUGACGCACAGAAGCAACACAGCGGAGUUCCAUACUCUUCGCUCACAGUCGGAGUACCAGUCGAGACCUUUCCCAAUGAGCGUCGCGUCGCUCUGACGCCUCAGAACGCCGCGUUGCUUUUGAAAAAGGGCUUCUCUAGAGUGUUGGUGGAGAAAUCCGCUGGGCUCCAUGCCCAAUUCCUCGACGAGCAAUACAGAGCAGCAGGAGCUGUGCUUGUCGACCGAACUGAACUGUUCACCUCAACCGAUAUUUUACUCAAAGUUCGACCACCCCUGCUCGGACAGGAACUAGAACAUAUCAGAGAUGGCAGCACGUUGAUAUCCUUCCUAUACCCUAACCAAAACAAAGCGAUUGUGGACGCAUUGGCACAAAAGCAAGCAACGGCAUUCGCCAUGGAAAUGAUACCUCGUAUUUCUAGAGCCCAAGUUUUCGACGCUUUGAGUUCAAUGGCAAACAUUGCAGGGUACAAAGCGGUCCUUGAAGCUGCUAAUCAUUUUGGACGUUUCCUCACUGGUCAAGUAACGGCUGCUGGAAAAAUUCCGCCAUGUAAGGUUCUCGUAAUCGGUGCUGGUGUAGCGGGAUUGAGUGCCAUUGCUACGGCUAGGCGAAUGGGUGCUAUUGUGCGAGGCUUCGACACCCGUGCGGCCGCUCGUGAACAGGUACAAUCUCUCGGUGCUGAAUUUCUCGAAGUCCCCGUUCAGGAGAGCGGUGAGGGCGGUGGCGGCUACGCGAAGGUGAUGUCAAAAGAAUUUAUCGAAGCCGAAAUGAAGCUCUUUAUGGAACAAUGCAUGGAUGUAGACAUUGUGAUCACGACUGCACUCAUUCCUGGCAAGCCCGCCCCGAAACUCAUCACCAAGGAGAUGGUCGCCGCAAUGAAGCAAGGUUCCGUCGUUGUCGACCUGGCUGCCGAAACUGGAGGUAAUUGUGAAGUUACCAAACCUGGCGAGUUGUAUGUUCAUGAUGGAGUCACCAUCAUUGGAUACACUGACUUGCCAUCAAGACUACCUACUCAAUCAUCCACUCUCUACUCCAACAACAUCACAAAGUUCCUCUUAUCCAUCGGUGAUGGCAAAGGCAAUUUCGCCGUCAACCUAGAAGAUGAAGUCGUUCGAGGAUCAAUCGUCGUACAUCGUGGUCAAAUCCUUCCACCGGCUCCUCGUCCUGUCCCUCCCCCAGUCGUCGCUGCUCCUCCUACGCCCAAGGAAGGCACUGAGACCACCGCUAUCACACCUUGGCAAAAAACUACUCGCGAAGUUGCUACAAUUACGGCCGGUAUGGGCUCUGCCGUCGCUCUCGGAAAGCUUGCAGGCCCUGUUUUCAUGAGCAACUUCUUCACUUUCGGUUUGGCCAGUAUGAUCGGCUACCGUGUCGUUUGGGGUGUCGCCCCCGCUUUACACUCUCCAUUAAUGUCAGUUACGAAUGCUAUCUCGGGUAUGGUGGGCAUUGGUGGUUUGUUUGUGAUGGGUGGCGGAUACCUGCCGGGUACUGUCCCACAAGCAUUGGGCGCGCUGUCUGUUCUUUUAGCAAGUGUCAAUGUUGCUGGCGGAUUUGUGAUUACGAAACGUAUGCUGGAUAUGUUCAAGCGACCCACGGAUCCUCCUGAAUAUGCUUGGCUUUAUGGUAUCCCAGCCAUCGUCUUCACUGGAGGCUUUUUGACUGCUGCCAGUUCCGGGAUGUCAGGUCUGGUUCAGGCUGGCUAUCUCACAAGCAGUUUGUUGUGUAUCGGUUCGCUGUCCGGGCUUGCAUCCCAAGCGACUGCAAGACAAGGCAACAUCCUCGGUAUUCUCGGGGUCAGUUCCGGUAUUCUAGCGUCACUAGGCGCAGUAGGAUUCUCCCCGGAAGUCCUUGCCCAAUUCUCCGGAGUUGCUGCUAUUGGUGGCCUUAUUGGUACCAUCAUCGGACGUCGUAUAACUGCCAUUGAAUUACCACAGAUGGUCGCCGCCUUGCACUCCGUCGUCGGUCUAGCAGCUGUCCUGACUAGUAUUGCAAGUGUCUUGGCUGAUGUUGGACAUGCUUCUACGUUACAUCUCGUUACUGCGUACCUCGGUGUUCUUAUUGGUGGUGUUACUUUCACCGGUUCCAUUGUCGCAUUUUUCAAACUCGCCGGUCGGAUGUCCUCAAGACCUAUCGUUCUUCCGGGCCGACAUCUUAUCAAUUCUACCCUCUUGGGAGCUAAUGUCUUGACCAUGGGUGCAUUCAUGACCUCAGCAUCCACGGUUCCUCUUGUGGCAGCAGCCUAUUUGGGUACCAAUGCGAUUCUCAGUUUCAUAAAAGGAUUUACAACUACUGCUGCCAUUGGUGGUGCUGAUAUGCCUGUCGUCAUUACGGUCCUGAACGCUUACUCUGGGUUCGCAUUGGUAGCAGAAGGUUUCAUGUUGGAUAACCCGCUAUUAACGUCCGUUGGCGCACUAAUCGGUGUCAGCGGUUCCAUUCUAUCCUAUAUCAUGUGUGUUGCCAUGAACAGAACCCUCACAAAUGUUCUAUUCGGCGGUAUAGGAUCAUCUGUAGCACAAUCAGACUACAAGAUAGAAGGUGCCAUCACAAAGACUUCAGUUGAGGAAACCGUCGAUGCGCUCAAUAACGCGGAAAAUGUCAUUCUUGUGGUCGGCUAUGGUAUGGCCGUGGCGAAGGCGCAGUAUGCGAUUUCGGAUAUUGUGAGAAUACUUAGAGCGAGGGGAAUCAAUGUUCGAUUCGCUAUUCAUCCAGUUGCUGGAAGAAUGCCCGGUCAAUGCAAUGUCCUUCUUGCAGAGGCGUCUGUGCCUUAUGACAUCGUUCUGGAGAUGGAUGAAAUCAAUGACGACUUCAGUGAUACCGAUGUGACAUUGGUAAUCGGUGCCAACGAUACCGUGAACCCUAUCGCUCUGGAACCUGGUUCAGCCAUUGCGGGGAUGCCUGUCCUUCAUGCGUGGAAGAGUAAACAGGUUAUCGUCAUGAAACGAGGCAUGUCUAGUGGAUACGCGGAUGUCCCAAACCCGAUGUUCUACAUGCCUGGCACGAAAAUGCUUUUUGGCGACGCCAAGGAUACUUGUGAAGCUAUCAAGCAGGGUCUUGAGAGCAGGACGUAGCAUGGCUCUUCAUUUUGUACAUCAAUAUUGUACUAAUAGGACCUCAUCGGGGAACGGGACAGUCUUGAUACUACAUUUCGGAACUUGUUGUAAAAAUAUGGAUUCUGCAGUGUACUAUUUAGAACCUAUAUACCAGUCUUACUGUUUGCAGUUUCCCGUUUUCCGUUUAAUGUGGAUGUAUAUGAUUCGGGGAUGGCUUCACAGGCGGGAUGAUACCAGGGAAGAAGACAUUGCGAAUCCCUUUCGCCGCCUCAUACCACCUCCAAUCAUGCGCCAAAUUCACCUCGACGUGAGGAUUCUCA